UCUAACACAGACUAGCCAAGUCCUGGGCACUGGACAUUCCCGGAAAGCUCAGCGCAUGAGGGUCUCCAUGGAAACAGCUGUCACGGCCAAGUUCAAAGUGUAUGAAGUGAAAGCUCUGAGUAGACUCCGCAGUAGCGAGACACCAGAGGACUGAGGGGACAGGAGGAGUCUAGUCUGUGGAACACAACAAAGAAUCUUCAGUAGGUUCUAGAGAGGAGGUCACCCAUGAACAACAACCAUGGAGGGGAACAUGAUUACAGCAGGGACCGGAACCGGAGCUGGCGCUGUAACCAUGGUAACAGGUCCCACUGGCACCCCGGACCUCCAGGUUCUGACCCACAGAGUGAAGCUUCUAGAGCACAGCUUGAGAGACAACGUCAGCUCCUUCACUGAGUCAGAGAGCGCUCUGCACAACAGGAUCAGAGAGUUGGAAGUGUCAGAGCAGAGACUCCUACAGAAGGUGGAGGACCUCACUGCCAACUCAGUCCUCCACUGUCCCAGCAUGCCGCAGCGUCAGAGGCUAGACGAGCGGCUCCACGCACUCAGGGAGGAGGUACGCUCCAUGUCCCAGGAGAAGGAGCGUGGGGAUCGCGUGUGGAGGGAGAGGCUGCAGCGCUGCCAGGCCCAGCUCAGGGCUAAAGAAGAGGAGAUGGGCCGCCAGUCUCAGUACUUUGAGCACUUUAAGAGCCAGCUGCACCACAAGCUAGGCCUGGCUAGAGACAGAGAGCAGGGCCUGCAGACCAGACUCCACCAGCUGGAGAGACAGGUGCUGGAGAUGAACGUAUCUGCUGCCACCAACAUAGCCCCUGUCAACACAGCUAGCAUCAACUCCGUUACUGCAGCCAAUGUCAACCCCAUCAUGGUACCAACCUCAGGCCAACAGAAAACAGAGACAGAGAGACUGCCCCACCCAAGGGAGGAAGGAGAAGGAGAGGAGGAGGACGAGGAGGAGAAUAAACAGUCGAGACACUAUGGACAACCGCUCCAGCAGAAGCAGGGAGCGGAUGAUAGAGAAAUAGAGGGCGAAAGAGAGGGGGAGGAAGGAGAAGAGGGUGAGAGUCUGGGGGGUGAGGCUAGACUGAGAAGCUUCAUCUUCAGCCUCCAGGAGGACCUCAGGGUUCUGCUGGAGAGGGAGGAGCAGGGGCUGGCAGAGCAGAAGGGGCUGAUGGAACAGCUGCAGGAAGUGCAGGAGAACAACCACUUCUUGUCCUGUACGUUGGAGGAGAUGAGGACGGUGGUCCACAGGCUGAAGCUGACAGAGAGCUCCCUGAUGGAGGAGGUGGAGGAGCUGCAAGAGGAGAACCAGAGACUGUGUCAGAGGCUCAGCCAGACCCUGAGACAGACCAACCACAGCCUGGGUUCUACUGACCCCAGCCUCAGCCCUGCCUCUACCCCUAGCCUGGCUACCUCCCUGCCAAACACCCCUGCCCUGGGUCAACCACUUCCCUGCUCUGUGGACAACACUGACCCGGUGAAGGUGAUCCCAGGCCAGUCAUCACUAGACACACCUCCCUCUGCUCACCACCAUGGAGCAGCAGAGAGGUCACAGGAAAACUCCACUCUGCCUCUGCCCCGGCCGGACCUCCUGAACCUCUCAGGCCACCGUAGCCAGAACCCCGGCCUCAUAUCCCUUGGCACUAAGAGCAUUGAGGGUCUGGGAGAGUUGAGCCUGGGGGACUGGUAUCCUGGUCCUCGGGGCUUAACCUCUCUCAACCUGGAGGAGGGGACGAGCGAGGAGACUGAGGCCCUGAGAGAUGCUUACAGGAGCAUGGGGGGCGACAUGGACUCACUCCGGGACCACAGGGACCAGCUGGAGAGCACGCUACGACACACACAGGACCAGCUGCACAGGGUGACCGAGGAGAACGCCCAGCUGAAAUGUAAACUCAGGGAGCAGGGAGAAACAGGGUCCUGCGAGGUGGAGCAGGUGUCCUCGCUUGUAGGCAAGAGCAUGACAAAUGUCCAGGAAAACAAGGUGCCAACUCAAAAUCUAAUACCCCAGGGUAGCAGAGAGCUCACUGCAACUCCAACCCAGAAUGAUACUAUCCUGUUCUUAGCCCAGGAUGACCUGUCUCUGUAUGCCUUGGCCCAAGAUGACCUAGCCCUAGCCUUGAACCAGGAGAACCGGGCCCUGGGCAGGCAUAUCCAGGAGCUCCUAGCCCACAUAGAGAGCCAGGAGGGAGAGAGUGAAAGGGAGCUAGUCCAGCUCAGGCUGCAGGUGUCCCUGCUAGAGAGGGAGAGCACCAGGCUGGAGCAGGAGAACCAGGAGCAGGGAAGUCUCAUCACCGAGCUGACCAGGAAGAGUGAGGAUGACCUCAACACUAUCAUAGACCGGCAGGAGAGACGGAUCGAAAGCAGUCAGCUAGGCCUACAGCAGGGUGACCAUGGUUUGACCACUGAGUCAGAGUGCGGUCAACAGGGUGAGCAUGCGGUUGGCUCAGUGUACGCUCAACAGGGUCAACCCACGGUAGGGUUUGUGACCAGUCUACAAAGUGAUCAGACGCCAGGGUCAGUGAAUAGUGGUGUACUACAGGUUGACCACACGAUCGAGUCAGUGUGUGGUCAACAGGAGGACCGUUUGACCACAGAGUCGGUGUGCAGGCUUAGAGAGGAGAGGGACGAGCUGAUUGGCUCUCUCAGUGAUCUCAAAGAGGAAAGAGAACAGGUAGCCCUCUCACUCAGCAGUCAGACAGAGGAGAAACACCAGCUAACACGCUCCGUGUGGGUUCUGAAAGAAGAACGCGACCAGAUCCAUAAGUCACUCUGCGGUUUAAAAGACGAGAAAGAACAGCUGGCAAGGUCCCUCUGUGGUCUGAAAGACAAGAGAGACAAGGUCAUGCGGUCAAUGUGUGGUUUAAAAGAGGAGAGAGACCAGCUAGUUCAGUCAAUGUCUGGACUCCAGGAGGAGAGAGACCAGCUAGUUCAGUCAAUGUCUGGUCUCCAGGAGGAGAGAGACCAGCUAGUUCAGUCAAUGUCUGGACUCCAGGAGGAGAGAGACCAGCUAGUUCAGUCAAUGUCUGGUCUCCAGGAGGAGAGAGACCAGCUAGUUCAGUCAAUGUCUGGACUCCAGGAGGAGCGAGACCAGCUCGUUCAGUCAAUGUCUGGUCUCCAGGAGGAGAGAGACCAGCUAGUUCAGUCAAUGUCUGGACUCCAGGAGGAGAGAGACAAGCUCUCGCAGUCUCUCUUCAGUCAAAAAGAUGAGAGAGACCAACUAAACGAGUCACUCCGCGAACUAGAAAAAGAGAGAGGCCAGUUGAUGCAGUCAAUGUGUGGUUUAAAGGGACAGAGAGACAAGCUAACACAGACACUCAGCCGUCUAGAGCAGGAGAAAGACAAGCUGUCAUCUCUCUGCCUUCAAACACAAGAGAGGUGCCAGGUGAACCAGUUUGUCUCUGAUUUAAAAGAAGAGAGAGAGCAGUUAGUUCAGUCAAUGGAUGUUCUGAGAGAACAGAGCGAAGAGCUCACAGAGGAGAGAGACCAGUUGCAGACGGACGUCGCUGCUCUACGGAAUAAGCUGCUGUUACAGGGGCGGAGCCACAACCAGCAGCCCUCAGAGAACCAUGUUGGCAUGGCAACAUGCACAGAGGGUGUGGCUACAGAGAGAGGUGAUGGUGAUGUCACUCAGAGAGGUCUGGCCACAGUCUACUCCUACAAGACCAUCUGUCUGGGGCAGUCUGCACAGGACCACUUGGGAGAGAAAGAGGGGACAGACGUGGAGCAGAGUGAACUGAUGAGGGAGAUUGAGUCGCUGGGGUUAGAACUCAGAACGUCACGAGAGGUACUGGAGAAGAGCCAAUCAGAGGCUCAAAGGUGGUACCGUGAGCUGGGUGUGUCUGAGGUCAGACGAGAGGAGGCUGAGAAGAGGGCAGUACAGGCAGCCAAUGAGGUGAAGAGGAUGAGAGAGGGAACCAAGGAGGUGGAGGAGACAAAGAGGGAGAACCACACACUAAGAGCAGAGUUGGGAGAGGUGAAGAGCAGACUAGCGAGUCUGGAGAGAGAGAAGACCGAUGCUCACUCAUUAAGGAUCAAGAUCGAAGAGAAGUUCAGCUUGCUUCAGGCUGAACUCAAAGCCAAGAGUGUUGCUCUGAAAGAGCUGAGUUCAGAGUACACAUCUCUGAAGAGAGAGCAGGGCAGCAGAGAGGACUGGAGCAACACACUCAUCUCACUGAGGGCGCGCUAUGAUGACAUCAGAGCUAAGUACAAUGUUCUCCUGAGAAAGAGUCAGACGGAUCUGGACAUAGCUCCUUUAAAGGCCAAGUUGUCAUGUCUGGUGGUGAAGUGCCAGCAGAGGAACAGUCUACUGGUGCAGUUGAUGCGAGCCCUGCGUCGGUAUGGCUGCCUGGACUACAAUCUGACCCAGGAGGCUGAGGACCUGCUUAACGACACAGCACUGCAGGACUACGCCAGCACCUUCACACCCCCAUCCACUGCAGCUCUGCAGGAGAACACCCACCUUCUCCCACCUGCAGCCUCAGAACGACCGGAGCGCUCACAGACCUCUCCUGCAGCAUCCACAGCACAGGAGCUGGGUAAAGCUGUGUCUGAAGGCAGUGGGAGGGAACACUUCAGAGUGUGUGUGGCCACAGCAGACUACUGCCCCUCUCCGAACAUGCCUCACACUCUACUGCCAAUGCUUCCCCUUUCUGCGGGUGAAUCAGUCCAAGUCACUGGACUCCCAGACAGACGUGGGAUGUACCAUGCCGAGGUGAAAGGGGAGUCUGGCCUGGUCCCUGCCCGUUUCUUAGAGGAGAAUGGGAGACCACUCAUCCUGACUCCCCCCUCGCCAGAGAGAUGUGCCAGUCUGACUAGGAAGUUGACCAGUCCGGAGAAGAUCAUCAACCUUCACCAGCAGCUACAGAAGACUCUCUCCAACAGCUACCAGGUUUUCCCUUCCAAGACCAGCCCCCAGGUUUACUCCAGUCCCCCUCCAGGCCAGGGGAACUCCCCAGGAUACCCCAACCCUGCUGCCCCCAACCGACCCAAACAUACCCUCAUAACAACUACCCCUAUUAUUACUACUACUACUCCCCUAUCUACCACUGCCCCCACUAGAACUACCAGUGAUGGUGCUACCUCUUCUAAGCAGACCCCAAACAGAGCACAUCCAACUACUAACCCUCCUGUCCACACCACCACCACUGCCCUUAGCAUUAGCAGUGCUAAACAACCCCUCUCUAAAACUGGCUCUACUGCUGCUACCUCCGAUGCUACUACCCCUGUUAAUACCCCUCCUACCGCUAUGGCCCGGACUGUUAAAGCACAAACUACCACUGCCUUGUGGAACACUGCCUCCACCAAAUCUGCCCCUCCAACUAUUACCCCUGAAACUACAGCCCCCACCAAAAUGGCCCCCAUCACUACUGCUCUUCCUCUUGCUGAGUUGUCACGACUGCCUGGUGAGGACCAUUGUAUCAAGAAGCCCCUCUCCAACUGCCAACCUGAACAAGCUAAACCAACCAAACCCAGAGCUAUACCAGAACCUCCAGCUGAGGUGGGCUCUGUUGAGGUCAUCAGGAUGGUGGGACAGAGCAGCCUCAUGAUUGGUUGGGAGAGACCGCCACUUGAUGAGCUGGGCUGUAGCAACGGAACCUUUGUGUAUGGAUACAGGAUCUAUGUAGAAGGGGAAUUCCACAAGUCUGUCAUGAGCUCUGCAUGCACUAAGUGUAUUCUGGAGAAUCUGGAUCUGUCCGUUCCGGUCCACAUCAGUGUUCAGACCCUGGGCUCCAACGGUCUCUACGCAGAGAAGGUCCUCCUCAUCUACAGGGGAAAACACACCCAGUUUAGGACAGACCACACCCGUGUCAACACAGCUUCUGCUGCUCCCUGCACAGACCCUGCCUACCCAGACUGCAGAACUCCGCCCACACACCGACACAGUGGCUCCACCCAACCAUUUGUGGCCAUCUAUAACUACAACCCUCUGAGGGACAGUCCUAACCUCCACCCCAGCAGAGAGCUGGCCCUGAGAGAGGGAGACACCGUCAUGCUGCUAGGCAACCCACACAACGACGGCUUCUGUCAGGCCGAGGUGAAUGGCAGACGAGGUCUGGCUCCUGUGGCGUUCCUAGAGGAAGUUCCUGUUCCAGACAGACAUGUAAGCCCCGCCCCUCCCCAAUCUCCUCCUGAGAGAGGACCAGGUGAUAGGCCACUGUGACUGCCAAUCAGAGAGAGAACAAGAUGAUAGGCCACUGUGACUGCCAAUUAGAGAGAGGACAAGAUGAUUGCCCACUGUGACUGCCAAUCAGAGAAUGCUUCCCCACAGAGAGAUUAUAGUGGCCAGCGUUAAUGACAUCAUUAAACACUACCUGCCUGUGACACAAAUGUUCAUAAGUGCUCCCUGCCCAAAGUCAUUUCAAAUGGAAGACUACAGUAGAGCACCAGCCUAAAUGUUGGAAGGACAUAUGUGUGUGGCCCAGUUUGACAUUGUGCUUCGAUGGACAGUUGCUUAUAGCCUACAUCAUGCUCACUGAGAUUGUGUCGAAUCAUCUCUAACUGUGCUUAAAAAUCCCCACUGUUCUGUGUGUAACCUCUCGUGGACAGACACACGUAACAUAACUGGUAUCGUAACGCCUGUCAACAGACUGUGGGAUACGACGACUAACAAGGAACUUUGUUCCGAUGUGCAGAUUUUUCAUCACUGAUCAUUUUGGACAAAUCCCGAUUUCGCAUCUUUCGAAUUUCGGAAAGGGAGGGGACAUUUGGCCCGUAGACUUGCCUGUAACUUGUAAAGGGGGGUGGAGCUACUGCCCUGCUUCCGCUACUUGCUCUAGUCUCUUUUUGAACACAUCUGCCCCCAGAACUUAAUCGAGUAUCUGACGCAAUUACGCAAGAUUGUAAUUCUGGGUUUCCAAGAUUAUUCUGUAUGUGACAAGUGUCAAAAAUGUCAAAGGUGGGCCUAAAGGAUGUGACAACCUGUCUGACAACCUGUCUAAUAUCAAGUGAUAGUGGGUUACAUGGUAAUAAAGCAAGGCCAUUUUACUGGAUCUUUUAUCAAGCCAAAUAUGAAAAAAGGAGGUCCAUACCAAAGACUUUGAUAUUUCAGUUCCUUGUCUUUAUACACUGAACAAAAAUAUAAACGCAAUAUGUAAAGUGUUGGUCCCAUGUUUCAUGAGCUGAAAUAAAA